AUGGCGCACCGAGGAGAGAGCUUCCACAAGGACGUAUCCUGCAUCGCCGACCUCAAGGCCCUGGGGAGCGCCAGGCUCCCUGCCAUGGUCAGAGACUACUACAACGAAGGCGCCAUGGACCUGAUCACCCUCCGCGACAACGAGGCCGCCUUCGACCGGUACAAGAUCCUGCCUCGGGUGCUGGUCAACGUCGACCAGAUCGACACGAGCACUGAGAUUCUGGGGGUGAAGACCCCCCUCCCCUUCGGUUUCAGCCCGUCCGCCUCCCAGAAACUGGCGCAUCCAGACGGCGAACUCGCGACAUCCCGCGCGGCAGCAAAAUUCGGCAUCUGCAUGGGUCUCUCAUCGUACUCGAAUCACGCUUUGGAGGAUGUAGCAGCGCAGGGGCUGGGGAAUCCAUACGCCAUGCAGAUGUGCGUGCUGCGCGAUCGGUCGAUAACGCUGCAGCUGCUGAAGAGGGCGGAGGAGUCCGGAUACAAAGCGCUCUUCCUAUCAGUUGAUGUCCCCGUGCUCGGGAUGCGGCUUAACGAGUUCCGCAAUGCGUAUACGCUCCCCGAGGACAUGGAGUGGCCGAAUAUCCUGAGCAAUGGGAGUGAUCUGUCGAAUAAGACGGACUACGACCCCAGCCUCGACUGGGAGAAAACAAUCCCCUGGCUCCGCGAACAUACAUCAAUGCAGAUCUGGCUGAAGGGCGUGUGCGCGCCCGCCGACGUCGAACUGGCCAUCCACUACGGCGUCGACGGUAUCGUUAUCUCCAACCAUGGCGGGCGUCAGCUUGACGGUGUGCCGGCGACGCUCGACUCCCUGCGUCUAUGCGCGGAUGCCGCGAAAGGCCGGAUCCCCCUGGCGAUUGACGGGGGGAUUCGUCGUGGCUCGGAUAUAUUCAAGGCGCUGGCGCUGGGUGCGAGUUACUGUUUUAUGGGGAGGAUUCCGAUUUGGGGCCUUGCUUAUAACGGACAAGAGGGUGUUGAGUUGGCGAUUAAGAUCCUCCGUCAGGAGUUGAGGGUCACAAUGGCGCUUGCUGGAAUUGACGUAGAUACAGAGACGAAGAGUUAUAGCAUGGCGAAAGCAAUCAUUCACCAAGGCACAUGUACCUAUCCCCCGGCUCUGAGUACCACUACGCAUUAUAAGCAGCACACGAAAAACUGUCUCCAGCAGGAUUAUCAUGGAUCGCCUUUCCAGACGCAUACAGACCAAGCGCGCACUACCACACAUAUCAGCCUCGUGCAUUACUCAAGAGCAGAAAUAGAAAAAGAAAGAGAUGAGCAUACCAUAACAACCCCCAUCCCAAAAAUCACACAAUUCACACAACACAGGCCAAUCUUCCUCGGAGACUCAAACCACCGCCCCCGAUUCAUAAACAGCCAGAAUGCCGCAGGGAGACUGAAGCUGAACCAGCUGGCAAAGAGCGCGGUCUGUCCGUCCACACGUUAUCAGCACCCGUCACUGUGUGAGAAAGGGGGUAUUCGCAAGAAAGGAUGGGCUCACCAUCAAGCUAAGCAGGUUACUAAACACCGGAAUGGCCGUCGCAAUAAUCCAAGCCACAAGCCACAGCGCAACCGCAAUCCCAAUCCAGGACCCCACGGCCCGGAAAUCGCGCUUGGACAUGGUGUUUGUCCCGGCGAAGACGCGCGUCGCAAUCCCAUACGCAACCUUGGACACAAGCGGCCUCAUGGACCCCAAAGCAGGCGAGCUGACGUCGUCGCCGGCGAAGUAGUAGAUGACGACGCCGGCCACGAGAUACAGCGAGAUGUCGAUGGAUUGCAGCAGGGUGAGGGCUUUGGGGAAGUCGCGCGGGUCUUUGAGCUCGGCGAUGACGUUGAAGAAGGCGUUGUGGCUUGCUACGUUGCAGAUGAUAUUCAGCGCAGACGUAAAGCCCGUGACGAGAUUCGUCUCGGCUGUGGCUUUUACGGGACCGCCGGGGUGCUCGAUGCCGAUGGCGAUCAUGGCGAUCAUGACGGCCGUGAAGAUGCUGAUGAAGGCUACACCACCAGAUCAGCACUCGCCUCGCCGCAACAGCACCUUCCAAGGUUGUUUGAACCUGACCAGAGAACAAACCCCAUACCCGGUCAACGUAUUCAUCGCCACCGUAAACGUGAGUAUAUGGCUCGCCAUCAGAAAGAUAAGGAACAGCAUCUGCCCGCCGAACAAAACCUCCCGGCCAACGCGACCCAUAAGGACCUCGCCUGCAUCCGCCAUGCUCACGACGUGCGGAAACGCCCACUUAAACUGCCCGAUUAUGUACCCCGUGUACGAGGCAACCAGGCCCAUUACCAGCAGUAUCACGAUGGCGGGGACCAGACCCAGUCCUGCGAUUGCGGCGGGGAUGGAGAGGAUGCCGAGCGAGAUUGUUUCGGCGACCAUGAGGAGGCCGCAUUGCCUGCCGUUCCACAGUUCAGUUUUAGGAAAGAGUAG